UUCGUCUACAGCAAAUUCACCCCUAUAAAUGCGCUAAAUGUUGCUUUGAUUUGGGCUUUUCCAAUCGGCGGCAACACACUCUAUUGUCGAUUCAAAUAAGAGUUACCCUAAAACCUCGAUUUUCCGGUUCGUGAAAUGAGAGAAGAGCAACCAGCUCAUUUUCCCUCUCAUCGAAGGCUCGAAUCCCUUGAACGUCCCCCUAAACUGGCGAGAAUCGACGCUGGAGAAUCCUCGGAGGAAGAGAGAGAGUUAGCUGAGAGGAAUAUGACUCCAAAUCCGAGAACUCAAAGAUACCUAGUAGCAAUUGAGUACAUCGGAACUAGGUUUUCUGGCGCCCAAAAGCAGUUAAAUGGCAGAACCGUUGUGGGCGUUCUUGAGGACGCGUUUAAAAAAUUCAUUGGGCAGCCAGUUUCCAUUUUCUGCUCGAGUCGGACUGAUGCCGGUGUUCAUGCACUAUCAAAUGUGUGUCAUGUAGAUGUUGAGAGGAUAAGCAAAAGAAAACCUGGUGAAGUUUUAUUGCCUCAUGAACCUGCCAUAGUUCAAAAAGCAGUCAAUCAUUUUUUACAGAAGAGUGAAGGUGAUAUAAUGGUGGUCGAUGUUAAGUGUGUUCCAUCUGAUUUUCAUGCACGCUAUAAAGCUCUAGAACGGACGUACUUCUACAGAUUGUUAUCUGGGAUGGAGCCUCUGUCUACCUUCGAGAAAGACCGGGCUUGGCAUGUCCCUGAAGAUCUUUCUAUUUUAGAUAUGCAGAAAGCGUGCAGAGUACUUGUUGGACACCAUGACUUUAGUUCUUUCAGGGCUGCUGCAUGCCAGGCCAAGUCACCUAUUAGAACUCUGGAUGAGCUAACUGUCACAGAGGUUGCUGCAAGCCCAUAUUUUCCCUCAGUGUUGGAGAGAGAACAAAGCAAUCAUGCCCUGGGCGGUUCUGCUUCAAUGUCAAAGAAGUUACAAGAUGAUUCUCCCUCUCUUUCUGGCAUUUCCAAUGAACUUAUUCAAAAUUCCGGAGCAGUGGCCGUUCAUAAAUUUGGAGUAAGGAAAAAGCACCGUUGCUUUGUGGUUACUGCAAGGGCACGGUCCUUCCUGUACCAUCAGGUCAGAUUGCUCGUCGGGGUCCUGAAAUCAGUGGGCAGUGGCGAUCUCACUAUUUCUGAUGUUGAAAAAAUCCUCGAAGCAAAGGAUGUAAGUGCUGCGCCUCCGAUGGCUCCUGCAUGUGGUCUCUACCUUGGACAUGUAAAUUAUGAUCUUCCUUCAGACAGCUGACAUUGCUUGUUUUCGUGGUGAAUUAGAAGCUAAUGGUUUCAUGUAACUAUGAAUCAGAUCAAAGUUUGUAUUGGUUUAGACUCACCCCCAAAUUGUUUCCUUCAACUUUUGAUCUGCAGUUUUCAGAUUUUCUAGUGGAAUUUUUACAAGGUUCUCUUA